CCCUUGAACUGAGGAGGAUGAUGUGAUCUGUAGGUGGUGAGGAUCUGGGGGAUGCUGGGAGGUGGAUUAGCUGGGGCUGCUGUCACCCUGACCCUCACCAGUGCCAAGGACACGUUCCUGCGCCUGACACCCGAGCUCAGGGCACAUCUGCGCCUGGAGCAGGGUCACGCGGUGGAAGUAUCAUGGGGUGAUCAGCCAGUUUACCUUGGGUGGAUGGAAAGCCGGAGCAGAACAAAUUCUGGGGCCGUUGAGCUGAACAGACAGCUGGGAGAGAAGCUUGGACUUGUAGAUGGACAGCAGGUGUUCCUCAAGCAAUGUUGUAACGUCACAUCGUGUAAAGAAGUCACAGUGGAACCCAUGACUGCCGAUGACUGGGAAAUACUGGAACUGCAUGCAUCUGCCCUGGAAACAAGCCUUCUGGACCAGAUCCGUAUAGUUUAUCCCAAGGCCGUAUUCCCAGUGUGGGUUGACCUUUACACCUGUGUUUACAUCCAAAUAGGAACACUAACACCGGCCGCAAGUUACGGCCGACUGGAACCUCUAACAGAGCUGAUAGUGUCUCCAAAAUCCAGAGACUCUGAAGACCUUUCAUCACAUUUGUCUCAAUUAAGAACUGAUGGUUCAUCUAAAAGACCCAAAAUGAUGCCUCAGGAAUCUGCACCUUGCGGGUCAACCAGUAAUGAGGAUUCCUCUGCAUCUGAUGGAGAAAAUGAAGCUGCUGUAAUCCAGAAUCCGGAUGGGUUGCCUUAUGUUUCAUCUUUAUGGGGCGCACUGGGAAACCUCUUUUCACGUGCUCUGGGAAGGGAACCCUUGCUGGACUCGGGUGGCACUGAUGAGAACUUGUUUGAGAGAACGGUGCUGAAAAAGAUUGAGUUAGAUGGAGUUUUCCGGGUGUCUCGUCAUGUCCCUGAUAAUAUAAGAAGCAGCACGGCUUUCAUGCAGCAUUCAAAUGAUAAUACAGUUCAGGUCUUUUUAUGGUUCCCAGAGCCCUCGGGUGUAACUACCGAUGUGGUAGUAUCAUACGGGAGAAUGGUAGAAGUCCCAUCACCAAAGAGGCGUAAAAAACAACCUAAAUCAAAUGCGGAGCGAUCGGCGGGGAAAACCGAGCAGGAGGAAGUACCGGCCAGGUGGCCGGAGGAAGUGGUGAAGAUUGUUUGGCAUGGCCUUGAAGAUAUCAAAGAUGUCAUCGAGUAUGAUACCAGAAAUGGGAAUACGCAUACAGCAAAAGUGUGGGUGCCAGAGAGAAUUAGGAAGAAUCUGAAUAUUAAUACAUCAUCAGCUGUGAGAAUACAAUCUCUGGAGUCACAGCCCAAGGUCCCCUCAUCACUUAACCUGCGUCCAAAGCAACCUCUGGAAAAAAACGCAACAGAAAAUAUAAGGUCUGCAUUGAAAUCCUGGCUUCAGUCAUCUGGUUCCUCAUCGUGGAUUUCAGGAAGAACAGGCAAUGUACAGCUCUCCGUUAAUGAAGAUGUGGCAGAGUUCUCAUACUGUUUGGAUGAUUCUAUAGAGGAAGCAAGCCAAGAUCAAGUCUACAUCCUGUACCCAACUCGGCUCCAAAAAACUAAAAUUCAUGUUGAUAUGGACUUUAAGCCAUCUGAAGAUCCCCCAAAAACUCCACAAGUCGAUCAAAACCUCCCAUAUCUGAAGAUGAAUAACCUAGGUGGUGUUGAAGACGUGCUCGUAUCCUGCUAUGAUCAUAUUGUUCAUUGUGUAAUGGGGAGUCCAUUGUCUAGAUAUCUAGUCUCUACAUCUUCAGGGCUUCGGAGUGGAGCCAUCCUCCUUUCUGGACCAAAGGGCUGUGGAAAGUCCACCAUAGCAAGGGCAUUGUGUAAAGAAGCAUUUGAGAGCCUGGAAGCUCAUGUGGAAGAAAUAGACUGCAAGGUGCUGAAAGGAAAGACGCUUGAGAGCAUAUGUCAGACUGUGGAGGAAGCUUUCGCUGAGGCAGCAUGGAGGCAGCCAGCUGUCGUAAUUCUGGAUGAUCUGGAUCAAAUUGCCGGUGUUCCAGCGACACCAGAAUUGGAGCACAGCCCCGAAUCUGCCCAGAGCAAGCAGUUUUCCUACGUUCUGAAAGAUCUGAUGAAGGAAAUAAUGACCUUGGACACCCAAAUUGCUGUUAUAGCAACUAGCCAGACAGAGCGCUCCCUAAACCCUGUCCUGGUCUCUACACAAGGAGUCCAUCUCUUUCAGUGCCUUAAAACUGUUUCACCACCAGCUCAGAAAGAAAGAUUUGAAAUGAUGCGUAGUAUUAUAGAAAACAGACUUUCCUGCGAUAUCACUCGGUUUCAAGACCUUGAUCUGCAUUACAUUGCUAAAGAAACAGAAGGAUUUGCUGCAAAAGAUUUUACCAUGGUCGUGGAAAGAGCCGUAGAAUUUAGUUUUGCCACCAGGAAGAUACACAACAAACAAGACUUGCUUUUGACAACGUCAGACUUCCAGAAAGCUCUGAAAGGUUUCACUCCCUUGUCCCUGAAGAACGCCAACUUACAUAAAGCAAAAGAACAAGGCUGGACCAUGGUGGGAGGAUUGCAUGACAUCAGACAGACUCUCAUGGACACAAUUGAGUUACCAGCCAAGUAUCCGGAGGUAUUUGCGGCCCUUCCUAUACGGCACAGAUCUGGAAUUUUGUUGUAUGGCGCUCCAGGCACCGGGAAGACUUUGCUAGCUGGUGUUGUAGCUCAUGAAAGUGGGAUGAACUUCAUCAGCAUCAAGGGCCCAGAGCUUCUCAGCAAAUACAUUGGAGCAAGUGAGCAGGCGGUACGAGACGUCUUUACAAGAGCGCAGGCCGCUAAGCCCUGUAUCCUCUUCUUCGAUGAGUUUGAUUCCAUCGCGCCUCGGCGAGGUCAUGACAAUACCGGUGUUACUGACAGGGUGGUCAACCAAAUGCUGACCCAGCUAGAUGGGGUGGAGGGAUUACAUGGAGUUUAUGUACUGGCAGCUACCAGCCGUCCAGAUUUGAUCGACCCUGCUCUUCUCCGACCCGGGCGCUUGGAUGAGUGUCUGUACUGCCCUCCUCCAGACCAGGCUUCCCGAUAUGAAAUCCUAAAAUGCCUGAGUCAGUCGAUGCUCUUAGAUGAUGAUGUGGAUCUGCAGCACAUGGCCAGUGUGACGGAAAACUUCACCGGAGCUGAUCUGAAAGCUUUGCUGUACAAUGCCCAGCUGGAAGCCAUCCAUGCAAGCUUUGGGCCUAGCACACUAGUACAAGAUAGUAGUUCCGGUUCUGACAGCGAUGCAAGCCUCUCGUCAAUGAUAUUCCUGAACCAAAGCAGCGUGUCUGAUGAAUCAGGGGGAGAAGCGGAUAGUGUCUUAGAUCACUCCCUUACCUCUCUAGAAAUGAUCAGAAUUCCCCCGGAAGAGCCCAAGUCCAACAUAUGGCGCCUUUAUUUUGGCAGCUCCAACGAGUCAGAUCUGGGUAACGGCAGCUCUGAUAAGACCUGCCACAGCUUGUCUGGAAGCAAUUCCUUAACUCAUGAUUUCACUGGCUGGUCUGUAGGAGAAUUAGUGCCUUCCCAACCUCUAGUGCUCAUAACCUCCUCACAAGAAGAUCAGCGGGAACACUGUCAGAGUCUAAACGCUGAGAUCACUGCUCCCAACUACAUGAAUGUGCAGGAAACAUCUCACCGCCACGUGGAAUCUAAGAAGAGACUAUGCAUCAACCAACAGCACCUUAUGACAUCGCUCGCCAGCACAAGACCUUCUAUAAGCAUAGAAGACAGGAUGUUUUUCAAUCACAUCUAUGAAAACUUUCAAAAUCCUAAGAAAUCAGCUGGACAACUCUCCAGCGGUAGCAAGAAAGUAACUUUAGCCUAAUACCAUUAAUGUUAAGAAUCUACCGUAAAAGUAAUGUAAAAUAAACUGAGUUGUGUGAAUAACUCAGAAUG